AUGGCCUCUAGUGACAGUGACGAGGAUCGUAGAGAACGUGAUAAAUUUGCUGAAAGACUCAAAAGAAAAGACAAAGACAGAACUCGUAAUAUUGCUAUUCCUCGAUCUGAUAAAAAAGCUUACGAAGAAGCAGCUAAACGAUUAAAACUAGAAAAUGAACGUGAGAAAGAAAUGGUCAUUCCUCGACUGCGUAUUGAGUCUCGUCGUAAAUAUCUUGAAAAAAGAAAAGAUGACAAGGUUACUGAACUUGAAGCCGAUAUCAUAGACGAUGAAUAUUUAUUUGAUGCUGAAGAUUUAUCGCAACGUGAAAUUUUUGAUCGUGAACACAAAAAGAAGUUAUUGAGUCUCGCCAAAGAACAUGAAAAAGCUAGAGAACUUGAAAAUGUUCAACGUUAUCGGAUGCCCCAAGAUAUCAAAGAUGACCAGAUGGAGUAUGAGAUGGAAGUGGAUAAGGCACCAAUUACUGAACAACAAAAAUGGGAAGAAGAACAAAUGUCUUCUGCUGUUUAUAAGUUUGGUGCUAAAAGACAAGAAAAAGAACAAUAUGAAUUAUUGAUUGAUAAUCAAAUAGAUUUUAUUCAAACUGCAAAUUUACCUGGCACUCAUGAAGAUGAAAAACCGGAAAUAACUGAAAAACAAAAGAAAAAACUUAACAUAGAAGAGACAAAAAAAAGUUUGCCUAUAUAUAAAUUCAAAAAAGAUCUUAUAAGAGCUAUUAAAGACCAUCAGAUACUCAUUAUAGAAGGAGAAACUGGUUCUGGUAAAACCACACAAAUUCCUCAAUAUUUACAUGAAGCUGGUUUCACAGAAAACAAUAAAAUAAUUGGAUGUACGCAACCUAGAAGAGUUGCGGCUAUGUCAGUUGCAGCUCGUGUAGCAGAUGAGAUGUCUGUUAAACUUGGAAAUGAAGUUGGUUACAGUAUACGUUUUGAAGAUUGCACUUCAGAGCGUACUAUAAUCAAAUACAUGACUGAUGGAACAUUGCAUAGAGAGUUUUUGUCUGAACCAGAUUUACAGUCUUAUAGUGUGAUGAUUGUAGAUGAAGCUCAUGAGCGUACCCUUCAUACUGAUAUUUUAUUUGGUUUGGUAAAAGAUGUUAUACGAUUCAGAAAAGAUUUAAAAUUAUUAAUAUCAAGCGCCACAUUAGACGCACAGAAGUUUUCUGAAUUUUUUGAUGAUGCACCUAUCUUUAGAAUACCUGGAAGACGUUUCCCUGUGGAUAUAUACUACACAAAAGCGCCUGAGGCAGAUUAUAUUGAUGCCUGUGUUGUAUCUAUAUUACAGAUACAUGUAACACAGCCCCUCGGAGAUAUAUUAGUCUUUUUAACUGGCCAGGAAGAAAUUGAAACUUGUAACGAACUACUACAGGAGCGUGUUCGUAGACUUGGUUCUCAAAUCAAAGAACUGAUUUUAUUACCAGUUUAUAGUAAUUUACCUACUGAGAUGCAAGCUAAAAUUUUUGAGCCUACACCUCCCAACGCUAGAAAAGUUGUUUUAGCCACGAAUAUAGCAGAAACUUCUUUAACAAUUGACAAUAUUAUUUAUGUUAUUGACCCAGGUUUUUGUAAACAAAAUAAUUUCAAUUCACGUACUGGUAUGGAAUCUUUAAUAGUUGUACCAAUAUCAAAGGCAAGUGCUAAUCAAAGAGCUGGAAGAGCUGGCCGAGUAGCUGCUGGUAAAUGUUUUCGCUUAUAUACAUCAUGGGCUUAUAAAAGUGAACUUGAAGACAAUACAGUUCCAGAAAUUCAAAGAAUUAAUUUGGGCAAUGCUGUGUUGAUGUUGAAGGCUCUUGGUAUUCACGACUUAAUACAUUUUGAUUUUUUAGAUCCUCCACCGCACGAAACCUUAGUGCUUGCAUUGGAACAACUUUAUGCAUUGGGAGCAUUGAAUCACAAGGGUGAAUUAACCAAAUUAGGACGUCGUAUGGCUGAAUUCCCAUUAGACCCAAUGAUGGCAAAAAUGCUCUUGGCUUCCGAGAAGUAUAAAUGUUCAGAAGAAAUUGCUACCAUAGCAGCAAUGUUAAAUGUAAAUAGCGCUAUAUUUUACAGACCCAAAGAUAAAUUAAUUUUAGCUGAUACAGCUCGUAAAAAUUUUUUUUCACAAGGUGGUGAUCAUUUAGCUUUAUUAAAUAUAUAUACUCAAUGGGCCAAUACAGAUUUUAGUACAAAUUGGUGCUAUGAAAAUUACAUUCAACACAGAUCUAUGCGAAGAGCGCGGGAUGUCAGAGAUCAGUUAGUUAAUUUAAUGCAACGUGUUGAAAUGGAUAUAGUAUCAAAUCCAGCCGAAACAAUUAAUAUUAGAAAAGCCAUAACUGCUGGUUAUUUUUAUCACAUUGCAAGAUUGUCAAAAGGUCAUUAUCGCACUGUUAAACAUAAUCAAACCGUUAUUAUUCAUCCAAAUAGCAGUUUAUUUGAAGAACUUCCAAGAUGGGUUUUAUACCAUGAGUUGGUAUUAACAACUAAAGAAUAUAUGAGACAAGUCACGGAGAUUGAAAGUAAAUGGCUACGUGAAGUAGCUCCUCAUUACUAUCAAGACAGAGAACUUGAAGACUCUACUAAUAAAAAAUUACCUAAGACAUUAGGAAAAACAAGUUCUGAACUAAAAACGAAUAAUUAA